AUGCUCCAAGGGCGCCCUGUGCUUCGUCAAGAUGUGGAUGCUCAAACAUCCAAAGCACAGCGCGCCGAGCAGGCAGUGGAGACAGCUCGUGCCAGGGCCAUUCAGGCCGGUGUGGAUCUGGCGCCUGAAGCUCCUCCUGCAGUGGAUCUUCAGGCGCGAGGAGUGCGUGAGCAGAACCAAAGCAUGCUCUUUGCCUUGAGCAAUGCACUUCAAGACUACACAGAGGCGCUGCGCGGCGCUGCGCAACGUCCCACCGAUGGUUAUUUCGUGUUGCAUAGGAUGUGUUGCCUCUCUUCGAGAAUCUUUGCCAAGAGCGUGGAGUGGCCCUGCCUUCUCGCCCGAACGGGCCUUCAGCGAUGUCUCGGCCUGGUAGCCGUGGGGCCUGAAGGACGAAUCACGACAGUCACGGCCAUGGCUAGCCCCUGUGUUGAAAGCUCUUACUCCGCCGUGCAGUUUCUGCUCAAAGAGGAUGAGCAAGACCAUUCCACACGUUUUCUGGCAGUUUCUGAGAUGUCUCGCAUCACCUCCGGUCUUGUGGACGACUCAGGUGAGGUUGAGCUCUCUAAGGGUUCCCACGGGGAAUGGGCUUUGUCAAACAAUUUGGAUCGCAAACUGGCUGGUCUUGGUGGAAAGACACGUGCCCGGACCGGCACUGCUGGAUUCGUGGGGGUUAUCGGCUACUUGAAGCAUAGCGCCGGUCGAGUGGCUGAGAAGGCAGGACAUACUACAAUGGCUUGCUCUGGAGAUUGGCAUUCCGUAGUCCAACCACUGGCACUGCCCCCGUUGCUGCUGGGCUCCGGCAGUGCGGUGAGACGGCAGAUUCUGGAGGCGGCAGGUGUGAGUUUCGAGGUGCGGAAACCCGACAUCGACGAGAAGGCACUGGGAGAUCGCGGCAGGGAACCCGAGAAGUUGGUGCGGUUGCUGGCAGAGGCCAAGGCGGAUGCCUUACUGUCCGCACUGGAGCGCCGCGACACGGAUCGCCUAAUACUGACGGCCGACCAGGUGGUGACCUGUAAAGGCAACAUCCGAGAGAAACCGAAGGAUCUGGAGGAGGCCCGCACUUUCGUUUCGUCCUAUGCUGGAUCGAGCUGCUGCACCGUGGGAGCGCUUUGCUUACAUGAUCCGGCCACGGAGCUCCGGGUCGUUGGGACGCAAACAGCCACCAUCCACUUUAAAGCCGAGCUUGGCAACGAGGAUGUUUUAAGGGAACUGAUGGGCGAGGAUCUGCUGAACUGUGCUGGAUCUUUGAUGGUCGAACACCCCAUCAUGAGCCAAUACGUGGAACGAAUCGAAGGUGGCCAAGACAAUGUCAUGGGCCUCUCCACGAGCCUUUUGAAGGAUCUUUUUUCCAGCCUCGAGGUACUGAAGGACUCCUUGCGUGCGCAUGGCCCCGUUUUGGGUCGGCUUCUCUCCACUUGGGCUGUCGUGGGCGACGUCACCAACGAGGCAAAACCGGCUUCGCAGGUGGUACGGCGGCUGGAGGAGGCCUGGCCGGAGGGUCAUCAAAGUGAGUCCCUACGAUAA